AUGUCAGCUGUGAAGAGUCGGAAUGCAGAAAACCAACAAAAUGUACAUUUGGAUCCGAUCGAAAAAUCGGAGAACGACAAGAAGGAAUAUAGAGCCAUCAGAUUGCCAAACGGUUUAGAAGCUUUGCUAAUAAAUGAUGAAAAUUUAACAUCUUCUUCUCAAGAAAAGAAGGCAGCGUGUAGUUUAUGCGUGGACGUAGGAAAUUUCAGUGAUCCGCCAGAAUUUCCGGGCAUAUCAUAUUUCUUAAACUAUAUGCUUUUUCAAGCAUUUAGAGAAGAAGAUUCAGAGGAAUAUACUUUGGAAGAAUAUAUUGAUCACCAUAAUGGUACUACUUGGUUCUCAGUAACCAACGAGCAUACAAUAUUUUACUUUGAUAUCGAAGAAAACAGCUUGUUUUAUGUUCUCUGCAGUUUAUGUCUUUUUUUUUUUGAUCCUUUAAUAUCGGAAGAUGUAUUUACGAAACUAGAUAAUGUAGAAGACGAGUUUCAGGAAUGCUUAUAUAAAUACAAGAAGAGACACGAUGAAUUUCUAUUUUACUCUUUCGCACAAACUGGUCAUCCAGCCAAUAAAUUUUCCAUAGACGAUUUAAUAAAAUUGCGCAAUAAUAUAGAUUACCACAAAUUGUACAAUGUGCUGGCCAAAUUUAAAGAGCGCCACUACAGCGCUCACAGAAUGAAACUAGUAAUACGGUCGGGAUUAUCGUUGGAUAUAAUGGAAGAAUAUGUCACAAUGUACUUUAAUAGUGUGCCAAAUAACAGGAUACCUCCAGAUAAUUUUUCUAAAUUUAAAAACGAUCUCCCUUUUGAUACUCCAGCUUUCCAAAAAAUAUAUAAAGUUAAAGAUAACAGGGAAUCUUUGACACGACUAAAAUUAACAUGGGCCUUGCCUUCGUUAUCCGAUUUUUAUAAAUAUAAUUCAUAUCAAUAUAUCCCGUGGAUUUUGGUAUAUAAAGGAAAAGGUUCCUUAACUAGUUAUCUACGACAAAAAAUGUGGAGCCCAUCAGACGAUAUUAUACUUGAUUGCAAGACUCAAGAAAACUCUUUGUACAGAUUAAUACAGCUCACUAUAGUACUCACUUCUGCAGGACGAAAACAUCUGAAAGAUGUUCUAGAUGCGAUAUUUUCUUUUAUCAAUUUACUAAAGAGAGCGGGUCCGCAAAAAGAAAUUUACAAUGACAUUUAUGAGUGUAAACAAAAUACUUUUAGUCUUUUUAGAUUUACUAAUUACGACGAAGAACCAAUAACUUUUGUAAGACAAUUGAGUAGGAAUAUGCAUUCCUAUCCGUCGAAUGCUUAUCUAACUGGAAACCAGUUUGAUUCGAAUUAUAAUGCAAAAAUUAUACAAAAAUAUUUGAAUUAUUUGGUACCUGAGAUGGCGAAUAUUAUGAUUUUAUCAAAGGAUUUUAAUGAUUUCGAAUUAAAGAAGAUUGAACCAUGGUGGUAUACGGCAUAUACAGAUAUUAAGAUAUCGAAAGAGUGGAUCGAACGUUGGAAAGUCAUCGAGCCAUUACCAGAAUUUUUUUUACCGUCACCGAAUAUAUUCCUUACUAACAACCAUUUUCUAAUGCCGAUAUCAAAUAAAGCAAUUUCGAAAUAUCCUAUAAAAUUAUACUGUAAUUCUGUGUCGGAGAUUUGGUAUCGCCAGGAUCCUAAGUUUUGUUCGCCGGAAUGUUGUAUGCAUUUCUAUUUUAUUUCACCUUUGAAACUUGUGCCAUUGAAGAAUAAAGUUUUCAUGACUUUGUACUGUAAACUAUGGCGAGAGCUAUUAGCCGAAGAAUUACAACCAGCUAUACUGGCUCGAUUUAAAUAUAAAAUCAGUACCUAUUUCAAUAAUUUUACAUUAAAAAUAAGCGGUCCUAAUGAAACUAUGCCAGAUAUCACAUUGAAAGACUUUCAAGACUUCGUGAAAUCCUUUACCGAACGUCUAUACAUUCAAUGCUUUGUGCAAGGAAAUAUGAUGUCGACUGUUGCAAUCAAGACCGUACAGCAAUUUAUUAAAACAAUUAAUUGUAGUCCUUUACACUCAAAUACAAUACAACAACUUAGAGGCACUCAAAUACCUUUGGGCAUAAGCUAUUACAAGAUUAAAAAUAUCACCAAAUUAGAUACAACUUCCGUGAUAAGAAAUUAUUAUCAAGCCGGUGUCACCACGAUUGAAUUAUCGACAUUAAUUUAUCUGUUAAGCAAUAUAUUGAACAAAAAGAUAUACGAGAGUCCCAUUGAUAAAUUUGAAGAUGUCGAAGUCGACGUUGUAGAGAGUGACGGAAUUUUAGGAUAUUCCAUUACUAUUUCCACUAAAGCAUAUUAUUACACAACCGAGUACAUUGAUAAGAAGAUCGACGAAUUUUUGAAAUGGUUUAAAAACGAUUUGAAAAAUCUCACAGAAGAGGAAUUGGAUGUUUACAAAGAGAGGUUCCUAGAAUCUAGAUCACAUGAUGAUGCCAAUUUUGAAGCUGAAGGUGAAAGAAACUGGGACGAGAUCAGAAAGUGUACUUACAUGUUUGAUUUACAUGAACAGGAAAUACUUGCUCUAAAGAAAAUAAAUGUUAAUAACCUGAGAGAAUGGGUUGCAGAUCACACACCAAACGGAAGUAAUUUCAGAAAAUUGAGUUUACAUGUUGUAGGAACUAUUUCCAAAAAAUACGUUAGUUUGGAAUACAUAAACGAUUAUCAGCAGUAUAAGUCAGAUAAAUAUCAUCAUUAUAUUACUAAAGUAGAAGAUUAUAAGGAAAAACUUUUUAUAUUUCCAACUAAGAGUUCCAACAAAUCCUCUUAGAGCACAGAA